AUGACUACAAGAUCAUCACCCAAAGAUGAAGCUAUUAUCGAAACUCAUAUGCAUCCAACGACUACAACAGUAGAUAUUACACCAACAGAGAAUAAUGUUGAUUUAUGUAGUCGGAUUUUAAUUGGUCUUUCGUAUCUUCUAAUAUUUAUUACAUUUCCAAUAUCAUUAUGUUUUUGUAUUCGGAUUGUUCAAGAAUAUGAACGAGCUGUUAUAUUUCGUCUUGGUCGUAUUUUACCAGGUGGUGGUAAAGGACCUGGUCUAUUUUGUAUUUUACCUUGUGUAGAUACAAUAAUUAUAAUUGAUUUACGAACAGCAACAUUUAAUGUUCCACCACAAGAAGUUUUAACACGUGAUUCAGUAACUGCAUCAGUAGAUGCAGUUGUUUAUAGUCGAGUUUUUAAUCCAGUAAUUAGUGUAACAAAUGUAAAAAAUACUCAAUAUGCAACACAAUUACUUGCACAAACAACAUUACGAAAUAUACUUGGUACGAAAACUCUUCAAGAAAUUCUUAGUGAUCGUGAAGCUAUUGCACAAAAUAUGCAAAUUCAACUUGAUGAUGGAACUGGUCCAUGGGGUGUUAAAGUUGAACGUGUUGAAAUUACAGAUGUACGUUUACCUCAAUCAAUGCAAAGAUCAAUGGCUGCUGAAGCUGAAGCAACUCGUGAAGCUCGUGCAAAAGUUAUUGCUGCUGAAGGUGAACAACGAGCAUCAAGACAAUUAAAAGAAGCUGCUGAUGUUAUUGCUACAUCACCAAUUGCUUUACAAUUACGUUAUUUACAAACAUUAACACAAAUAUCUGCAGAAAAAAAUUCAACAAUUGUUUUUCCAAUUCCUGUUGAAUUCCUCAAUUUAAUUCGACAUCCUAUAUAA